AUGCCUGGAAAAGUCAAUCUCUCAAAGCUUGACUCUGGAACUUUUUAUUCCUUCCACAAUAAUAAGAGCAAGACUGGGCCAGAGGUCGACAUCCAUCACCAGUACUGGAACCAAACUGUCGGGUCAACGCUAAAGAGGUUCCUGGCCAGUGCUGGGUAUGACUCCGAAAGUCAAUACCGCAUCCUCGACCAGUUCUCCAACCUUGUCGCCCCAUCUCUCGGGUCAUCGCCCGUGCGGGGAGAGCCAAAAUGGAAGAGCUUCAUGACAGACAACAAUUGCCCAGUGGAGCUGAGCUGGGACUUCCAUACUGGCAGUAGUCAGCCAACAAUACGAUAUUCUAUCGAGCCCAUUGGUCUUGAGGCAGGGACAGCUGCAGACCUGCACAACGAAGAAGCUGCGGCAAAGUUCGUAAGACGAGCAACCCAGGUAUUCCCUGAUAUAGAUACAGCCAUCUUCAGCCACUUUUAUCAGUACUUCAAUGGGCAAUGGAACGCUGAUAGGCCAGAGGGUCAUCAAAGCACCAUGUUCUGGGCAUUUGACUUGAAAGAAUCCAUUACUACGAACAAGGCCUACUUCUUCCCGGGUCUUGUCGCCCACGCCAUGGGCAAGUCAACGCUUGAAGUUGUAGCAGAUUCCAUCACCUCUGCUCCGGGAUGUCGCCCCGAGAAUAUCAGCUCUUUCGCCAGCUUUGCUAAAUUCAUCCAUGAGCGUCAGCACCUGGGUCUCGAGAUGGACAUGUUGGCAUUGGACUUAGUUCCCGUCGAGAAUUCAAGACUGAAGAUCUACUUUAGAGACAGGCGAACGGAUUUCCGAUCAGUCACAGAGAUUAUGUCACUGGGAGGCAGGAUACAUGGCGAAGAGUUUGAAGUUGGGAUGAGGAAUUUGAGGAAACUCUGGGGCGCAUUAUUGGGGAUGACCGGAGUGCCUGAGGAUAUUCCCCUCCCACACAAGAACCAUCGAACCGCAGGUAUUCUCUACAACGUCGAGUUUCGUAGGAACAGCAGGACACCAAAGGUCAAGAUUUAUAUACCUGUCCGGCACUAUGCGGAAAGUGACUCGCAGAUCCUCGAGGCCUUGGGAUGCUUCUUGGAAGGCCAAAUAAGCAAGCUACCAGAUGUUGUGAUCAAUUCGGUUUGGACAAAAAGGUAUUCAGAGUGCUUAUACAGUAUUUUCGGAGAGGAGAGGCUAUUGAAUGGUUUAGGCGUUCACACGUACGUUGGCUGCUCAAUGCAGAGCGAGGGCGACCUUCGUGUUGUUGCUUAUGUUAACCCUCAGCAAUAA